CCAGCAAAUGCACUCCCAACAUGUUAAGUUAAGUGAUGACCCAGAACUAUCUGCAGUAUGUUCAGCCCUCCUUCUUGCCUUCAUCGAGAAUUCUCGUGUUUUGAGAUAUUGUUCCGGAGGUGGAGAUUACACAAACACUCAAAAUGAUUUUGGAGACCAUUAAUUAGAAAUGGAUGUUCAAUGCGAAUUAAAUGUUAACACAGAAUUGAAGAGGACAGGCUUCGUCAGCCAUACAGCAAGUGAGGAAACACCAGAAGUACAAUUAUCAAUUAAUACAUUUUUAGAUGAAGCCUCUGUCUGAAGGCGGAAAGUUCAUUGUCACUUUUGAUCCAUUGGAUGGAAGUUCAAUUAUUGGAACCAACUUUGCAGUCGGAACAAUUGUGGCCAUAUGGAAAUCUGAUGAAAAUCUAUUGAUCGGAAAGAGGGGAAGAGAUAUGGUAUCAGCCUGCUGUUGUCUCUAUGGCAGUCGUACUAAUGUUGUCUUCUGGAAUGAAAAAGAAUAAAAAAUUUAAGAAUAUACAUUGUUUGGUAUCAUAAUAUUUUAAUCAUUAGAUGGAGACAAAUAAGGUCAUUGGGAAUUGACAAAGGAUAACAUCAAGAUUAAGCCAAAAGGUAAAUUGUUCAGUCCAGGAAAUACAAGAUGCAUUGUCGAUCAUAUCCCCUAUAGAGAAGUUGUUGAUUAUUGGAUUCACAAUGGCUACACUCUUAGAUACUCUGGUGGCAUGGCUCCAGAUAUUUGCUAAAUCUUCUUAAAAGAAGUUGGGGUCUUCUCAUGUUUCGGAGAUGCUAAAAAUCCCUCUAAACUCAGGUAUCUCUAUGAAUGUGCCCCACUCUCCUUCUUAAUCGAGAAGGCUGAAGGAAAAUCAUUUAAUGGCAAACAUUCAGUUUUAGACACUGAAAUUACAGGAUAUCAACAAAAAAGUGAAAUUAUUGUUGGAAGUGCAGAUGAAAUCGAAUUUUUCAAAUCCAUCUGGAAGAAGCAUGGUUUAUUAAAGGAAUGAUGAUG